AUGGAAGGAGGAAGGAGAACUCCGUUGAGCGUGCGAAAGAAACCAAAGAGGACAAACAGAAGACUUGUCAGGAAUGUCGUCGCCUACCUCAAAUCAGAUGCAUACUUGUUCGCUCCUCUGUUUUCCAAAUUUUCACCGCUCCCGCCGCAGAUACAGAUGCCUCCGCCGUCAUUGAAGGCGGAGGUGGCGGUAAAGAAGAACAAGAAAAGACUGUCGGAGAAAGUGAAGGAAUAUCUAAACUCUGACUGUCAUAUGUACAGACCGAUGAUCUCGCUUCCGAAGGCUGGCUCUGCUCUUAAAGGGACAUUACAAAUCACGAACUUGGUUACGAUGGAAGUAUCAGCGAGGAGUGCAACCGUGAGGGAAGAUAAUAACAACUAUAGGAAUAUCAGGUCAGACAUUGCAGAACACGCAAUGCACAACGGAAGGAUUAGCGUUCCAAAGCCAGCACUGGUUAUCUUAGAAGGACAGCGAAUUUGACUAAUCCGUGAAACAGAUCUUUCACUUGCCUUUUCCUCUUUUCAAGAGGAAAUGGUGAAGCCAGAUCCACCAAGGAGAGUUCCAAUUGAGUAAAGUUAAUGUAGGCAUAAUAGUCAAGCUUAUCAUUGUAAAAUUCCGUUUUAAUUAUUUGUAUAACAAUAAUUACAAUAGUUUUGAGACGGAAGAAAUAAUUGGUUUUAUUGUGUGACUGGAAAGCGUGUCUUGUUGAUAAGCUUGUAGGAUAUGAUGUAUGAAUUAGGAUGACAAAGAUGUGUCUGUCUGAACAUAUUGCCAUGUUACCUGUCUAGUCUUUGAUAAGUAGUUGUAUGUCGAGAAAACUGUUACAAUUCUGGAAUAGCUUGUGAUACCUUUUUGCUAAUUCAC